UAACUUUUGUUAGGUCUGUGGGGCGAGCCAACGCAGGAAGUUACGGCUAUCGGAGAGAGAUGCUUCCGGCCUCCUAGCCAUAGAGGCUGUAAGAAGGAGCGCUCCGGGACGGCGCCAUUUGUGGCUUCUCUCUUGUUCUACUUUCCGCCCGGACAGAAUACCCGGAUGAAGCAUGUCCGCAAGCACCGGCGAGGGGCUGCGGCUGCUCUGUCUCCAUGGUUACCGGCAGAACGCGGGCAGCUUCCGGGCGCGCACGGGCGCCCUGCGCAAAACCCUACGUGGGCGAGUGAAGCUGCUGUACGUGGACGCGCCACACGCGGUGGUCGCACGCCCGCAGCCAGGGGAAGCUGCCUCAGACCCCCUGGAAGCUGACUCAAAGGGCUGGUGGUUUUCCAACCCUCAGGAGGGGACGUUCCAUGCCCUUGAAGAAGCAUCCUCUUGCAAAGGACUGGAGGAGUCUCUGGAAGCCAUCGCCAAGGCAUUCGUGGAGCAGGGCCCCAUUCAUGGGCUUCUGGGCUUUAGCCAGGGGGCAGCAUUGGUGGGCAUCGUUUGUGCGCUGAAGCAAUGUGGAGACCCUCGUUUCCCCUUUGACUUCGCCAUUGUGGUUGCUGGCUUCAAGAGUCGCGCUGCCUCCCACCGCAGCUACUACCGGGAGCCUAUCUCCAUGCCCAGCUUGCACGUCCUGGGGGAGACGGAUCGCGUCAUCCCAGCUGAGAUGAGCAGGGAGCUGGCCUCCCACUUUACAGAGCCCCUAACUCUCACCCACCCCGGGGGGCACUUCAUCCCAGCAUCUGCACCCCAGAAGACAGCCUACCUAGAAUUCUUGGAUCAGUUUAUAAAGUAACUGAGCUGGACUUGGGCCCAUUGCCCAGACCGCCUUGGGGCUUUGCCAGAGCAGCGCCUACAGCUGGUCGCGAUUUAAACAGCACCCCUUGGCACACUCAUCUCUCUGCCUGGCCGCUGUGGCGUGAUUGGCCAGAGAAUCUGUUUGUUUUACAACCACUGUCUGUCAAAUGAGUAAAUGUGGCCUUGUAAGAUCUGAAA